AAAAGUUUCUGCCAAGCAACUUGGAACAGAAAGAUGGCGUUUCUUAACAGCUGCUUGGUCCAUUUCUGGCCGUCCAUUCCUGAUUAAACGGCCUUGCACGUGAAAUCAUCGAAUUAGUUGACAUGUGAAGCAUGUGAAGUCGAAGGUGCCCGCUCGGAGAGCACCGCCAUCGCCAGCGGUUGCUCGUGUGCAGACCGCUACGACCUAAAUGAACACAUAUUUUCGCCAUGACGUAACAACCAAAGAAUCCAGACGUGCCGAGAAAUCUUUACUCCAAUUUGCGUCGUGUGGCGCACAACAACGAUGCGCAUUGUGUGAAAUAAACACGUGUUGUUGCAAUAAACAUGUGUUGAACAGUUUUUCGUUUGCAUUUUUGUUUAUUACCCGCCGUUUCACACCUGAGGACUCAUCACAUGUAGAGAAAUAAGUUAUAUCCUAUGUUGUAGAACUUGUCCAUUUGUUUCAUUUUAUGUUAAUUUUCAAAAAUUUCAAGGGAUAUUAAGACAGAAGAGAUGGUUUCGUUUAAAAUGCGCACAUAAAGUUUACAAUAAAUUUGAUUUAUGUAAAGUGAAAACGACAAUGUGGCGUUGCCAAAGUGAAAGUCAGAUUUCUUUAUGAAAUUAUAAAAUAUAGUUAAGGGUAUUUCCAUUAAAGUGUUUUUACUUAUUAUUUGAGUAUAUAACGACCACAAGUGCCAAUGCACAGCGCUAGGUAUUACUUUUAUCUACGGUAUAAUAUUGGUAUAUGUGAUAAGGAGGAUUUUUCUAAUCGAUAAAAUGCAGGAAAAUUCUGAAUCGUUAUCUGUUCAUUCGUAAUACAUCAAAUCAAGACAAAUGGCUCUAUUAAAGAUGUUGAAGCGUGCCCUGUGCAAAAACAUCACAACAAGCGGAUCGAGAUUCAUGGGCAUCAUAGGACCUUUAACAAUUCCACCGUUGCAGAUUGUAACCUUAUAUUAUUUCUGGCAGGAUUAUUCAAGGGUUGUGGACAAACGAUAUUGCUCCUGCUCGUGCUGGGACACUGUCUUUAAAGGUUCAUACGAAUCCGGUAUCGCUCCUUAUAAACACAUGUACUUCAAUGCCACUUCGAAUAUGUUGAAAAUAUGGGUGCUUAUCGUCGUUGGAGUGAUAGCGUUUUACGAGACAAUGAAGCAUUUGGCAAGAUUGGCGAUCAAACAGAGGCUUAGGCAGUCCAUGAUGCUCCUCUUCUCGACCGCUCUAUUCUCAAAUUAUUACUCGUGGUGGGUUUAUAUUAAUUACUGGAACGAUGACUUUUACUCCCAGUGGUAUCAUCAGUUGUUCUUCACCAUCACUGAGCUGAUAUCCACGGCCUGGGUGGUCCACCUUGCGGAUAAGAAGAAUCCUAUAACUCACAGAAAAGCGUUUGGCAUUGCCGCAAUAGCUCUUCUGCAUAUUGUAGCCGGUGGAUGGGAUCAGUUUUUCGAGAAUGUCGUUAGAGGAGAGGGCCACGCGCAUCAGGUUAUACGCGAUUUGGGCUUUAUGAUACCGGACAUUCUCCACGUCGUCGUUCCAUUGUGGUUGAUUAAACGAGAAAGUAUUUAUAAUAUUCAUCUUCCUAAUUCGUUAGCGUACAUGUCGAGCAUCGUAGUGAUUGGAUUGUGCAUUUGGUCAUUUCUACUAUAAUAUACAUCUUUGAGGGUAGCAUAUUGUGCAGAAUGGGCGACGAUUCGAUUCCAUUCUUCUUGCAAGAAUGGCCUUCGUUAAUUUAAUGUUCUUCCUAAAAGCGGGAAAAAUUAUUUUCCGCGAUGCAAAAAUAACUUGGUCUAACGCGUACGCCAAAUGUCUCUCAGACUGGCAUUCAUAAUCGAAUCUUAUUUUAAAACCUUGUAAAUGAGUAAUGUUUUAAGAUACUAAUACGGCUUUGUGAUUGGUUGAUGACAUCUUAAGACAGUACUUGAAAUAGACAGAUAUUGAAUAUAAGAAUCGACUAUGAAUACCGACUUUAGCCUCUUAGUGACAGAUCGAUUAUUGCUGCGGAAACAUGAUAAAUUUUCAUGUCAUAAUAGACGUUCCGCAGACUUGUUCCGUGAUAGUAUUACCUUUAACGAAUGUGUUCCGAAUGUAAAUAAACUUGAGUUGUGCGUUUCUUCUUGCGUUUCAAAUUACCGUCCUUUAUUACGUAAAUUAAACUCUAUUUUAUUAUUUAUGUAAGAUUAGUAUUUAUAUAAUGAUAUGAGACUGUGAGCAAAUCUCUAUACAAGACUUACCAACGGAAAAAAUUAUGUUAGCUGAAGACUUGUUAAUGUUAAAACUGCUUUAAUUUAGGAUAUGUUAUAGACUGCGAAUGGUAGCGUCUAAAGCGUUACUCUAAGUAUUAAAUUUAAGUAUUACAUUAAUUAAGAACAUAUCAUGUAGAUAGCUUACAUAAGCAAGACGUUAUCGUGGCAGGCAGAAUUGUACAACUUACAGGCAAUGCUAACCAAAAAUAGUUCUAACUUCUUAUACAAGUUAUAAUGCUUGAAGUGCCUAUACAUAUGUUAUUUAUAUGAUUAUUGUUAUUAACUAAGGCGAAAAGCAAUGGCGAACAAAAACGAUUUUCGCGUAUUUUGACAUCAAACACAAAUGGUUAUUUCAAAAACACUUAUUUAAAUACAAAGAAAAGGAAUUCAUAAACUCGCUAACAAUAAUAUCGAUUUGCUAGUUUUUUAAUGUGUAUACAUGGCUAAAGCGUUGACAUCUUACUUCUAAUCUGGUAAUUAGAAGCUUGUUUACUUCGACUAAUGAAACCUCUGGCGGUUAACAUGCAAUAUUACCUGUGCAUCAGAGUCACGUAUCCUGGUAGAUAAUGUGGCCUGAUUAACAAAUGCAGCUUACAUCACCAAAGUAUCAAAACUAAUUUUAUUAUUGUUACAUAUAUAAUUCCAUAUCUAUAUAUAUUUAUUGUAGAAUAUAUACUUUGCCAGUCCCGAAAAGUACUUGAGUAGUUAUACGCGUCAUUUCAUCUGAUUCUUAGGAAUCUCUGGUGAAAAAAUUAUCGAUUAAUCUUUGGACGAGCUACGUAUUCUUACUUUGAAAAAAGAGAAGAUAUUAUCAAUUUUGUUUGUAUUUUUGUCUCCUGAUUGCGAAUAUGACAACACAAAUUUGUGUUGUCGCUCACUCAUAUUUUGACUGCUAUAUUAAAAAAAAAAAAACGCGAUUUUAUUUUACUUUGAAAGUAUAAAUUUGAUUAAAAAUUUAUUCAAACAAAAAAUAAAGUACAUCGAAUUUUGCAUAAAAAAAAGGUUCAAUGCAUCAUGACUGUAACUCUGUGAAACAAAGUCUAAUUGUUCUGUUUCACAUGAGUUUAUAACUUUCCACGUGAGCGAGGUCCACUCCUCCUUUCAUACUUUAGAUUUCUAAAAAAAUAUCUUAAAAUUCUUCUUAAAAGAUUUAUAAGUUUUUUUUGAAAAUUAUUCAAUAAGAAAUCUUAGAAUAUUUGAAAAUUUAGAUGUAUGUGUAUAUAAAGAAUUUCGGAAGAGAAUAGACUUCUCUGAAAAAUGUUCUAUUCGUUAAAAAAAUUAAGAAAUUUAAGAAAUUUUUUCUGAAAAAGUUAUAAAAUUAAAUAAAUAGUCACAGCAAUUUUGAAAAAUUAUACGAAAAAUAUUAGGACAAAUUUUCACCAGGGAUAUAUUAUAGAUGUAAUUGUAGCAUACAAAUUUUGAAAAAGGAAAAUAGAUAUUUCGUCACGUAAAAAGACAAACUAGUGUAUUGCGAUAUGUAGAAUAAAUUGAUCGUAUUAAGCGGCCGAACGUUCAUAGAUUUUUGAAUUUAAUUUCCAUAAUAUUUUGUUAUCGAACAGAGUUUAGGAUAAAUAUGUAUAUUGUCGAUACAACUAUAGAUUGUCUGACAGUUUCAGUCAGAAAGGAAUUUUGAUCUAAUUGGUAAUGUGAAUAAAAUAAAAUAAAGCGGCCUAAUUUCCAA